AUGAUCAGUAGAAAAAUGGAUUUUUUAAUGUUAUUGCUUAUGAUAAUGCCUUUUGUCAAUUGUGAGAAUGAAGAAUUUUCAACAGUAUAUAUGAUGAAUAGGUCUACAUAUAAUAGGCCUGAACAUUGUAGCAAAGGACAGAUAUAUUGGUGCAGAAAUAUAACUACUGCAGUCGAGUGUAGGGCAUUAAAACAUUGUAUACAGGCAGUAUGGGAAAAAGAGAUACCCAUUGAGAAAGAUACUAACACUGUGUGUCAAACUUGCAUAGAAAUGGUGAAAGAAGCUAGAGACCAAUUGAUGAGUAAUGAGACACAGUCUGAAAUUAAAGAGGUUCUGGAAGGGAGUUGUAAAGUUAUACCAGUGAAGGCUCUUAGAAAUGAUUGUGAUAAAUUGAUGGAUGACUUUGGUUCUUAUCUGGUUGACACGCUGGCAUCAGAAAUGAAUCCUCAAGUUGUUUGUUCCGUCGCUGGUUUAUGCAACAAUCCAGCAUUUAAAGAACAGAGCAAAAACGACAAAGAGCUGACUUGUGAUUCAUGCCAUGGUUUGAUGAGGCAGAUUGAAGGGAAGGUUGAAACUGCUUCGCAAGAGGAUUUCCGUUUGUUACUUAUCAGACUUUGUGGCAACUUAGGAACUUAUUCUGAUGCUUGUGCUUCUUUAGUUUUGUCAAAUCUGCCACAAAUUGCCACUCUUUUGAAUAACAAUGUCAAAGCUGGACCUGUUUGUUCUUUGGCUGGAGUUUGUACAGAGAAGUUCCAUUCUCAUGCCUCUGUUGUUAGAGUUGAUAUUGUUGGUCCUGGGGAUUCUGAUGUUGAAGUUAUUGGUGAGAGCAAUGACCUUCCAUGUGAUCUAUGUGAACAGCUUGUCACUCACUUGAGGGAUGUUCUUGUUGCCAAUACUACUGAAGAGGAGUUCAAAUUGGUUCUUCUUGGACUGUGCAAGCAGAUGCCUAGCUACAAAGAUGAGUGCCAGGAACUUGUCAAAGCUUACUACUCACCAAUUUACAGUUACUUGGUCCACGAGCUGAAUGGUCAAGUUCUGUGUGCUCAGAUUGGAAUAUGCCCCAAAGCAUUUGAGGAGAUAUUGAGGCCAUUGAUACCUGUUGAAAAUUCUCCUGUUGAAAAAGCUCCAAUUGAGUUUAUAAUAAAUAGCCAACUUCCGAUUGAAAGAUUGAAUCCGCUCACAUUUUUGCCCAGACGCCUUGUGGGCGGAAAGUCACAGCCACAGGAUCAGGCUGUUUGUGCUUUCUGUGAAUAUUUCCUCCACUUUGUCCAGCAGGAAAUUACUCUUCCAAGUGUUGAAAAGAAAAUCAAGAAAGUUGUUGAACAGGCAUGUACUCGUCUGCCUUUGUCCGUGAGAGAUGAGUGCAAUGAUUUUGUCAAUACGUACAUGGAUGCUUUUAUUGCUCUCCUGGCCAAUAGAAUUGAUCCGUCACAGGUGUGUCCAGGACUAGGUGUAUGCCCAUCUGAAUUAAUGGUUGUUGAAUAUAAAGAUAAGCCAACUUGCCCUCUCUGCCUCUUUGCCGUUGAAGAAGUUCUUCAUAAAAUAUCGAACAGAACACAGGAAGACAUUAAUGAUGCCCUGGAUGAUCUGUGCUUAGUGGACGUGUUCCCCAAUAGUUUAACUACUGAAUGUGCUAAGUUUAUCACCAGCUAUAGGGAGAUGCUCAUUGAUAUGAUCAUAGCUGAUUUCACCUCUGAAGAAGCGUGUAUCUAUUCCCAGCUGUGUAAGAUCCCUACUAUUCCAGAAAGUCCUGCAUCUGCUGGAUCCAUCCGAACAAAUGAAAUUUAUGAUGAUGAGGAAUCAGUGCGCCAUGAGAAGACUGCUAACCAAUGCAUUCUGUGCGAGUUUGUCAUGUCUAAACUGGAAAAAAUUUUGAAGGACAAAAAAACAGAAGAAGAGAUAAAGGAAGGUGUCUACAAAGUGUGCAGUUACAUGCCAAAGACCAUUUCAGCUCAGUGCAAACACUUUGUGGAAGAGUACGCCGAUCUUGUAAUUGAAAUGUUGGCUGAUAAUGUUACCCCAGCAGCAAUGUGCAGUGCUCUCAACCUCUGCUCUAAAGCUAACGUAUUUGUCAUGAAACCUGAAAGAAGGUGUUUGACAUGCGAAGUUCUUAUGGAAUCUCUGAGGGCUGUAUUAACUGAUGCUGAUGUCGAUGAAGAAUUUAAUGAUAGUCUUCUAAAAGCCUGCCAACGCCUUCCUCGUAAACACACCAAGCUUUGUAUUAGCCUCAUUGCUCAAAUCGCUCCUCAAAUUGAGUCUGCAUUGAGAACUUUCCCCGUUGGGCCAAUCAUUUGUCGCAAAGUAGGUGCCUGUGGGUCUGAAGAAUGCGGCCUUGGUCCUGAAUAUUGGUGUCAGAAGAAAGAAAAUGCUAUAAUGUGCCAGGAGAGAGAGUAUUGUGAACAAAACGUCUGGAAUGGGAAAAAAGCCGAAGAAGAAAGACCUUCUCACUUGAAAGGAACUGAUGUUAUUUAA